AUGCCAGUCACGGUGGCGGUGGUGGGCAUGGGCCCUCUCGGCCUGAUGGCGCUGAAGAACUUCAAGGAAGAUGGAUUCGAGGUGCACGGCUUCGAGCGGCGACACUGGGUAGGAGGUCUGUGGAAGCAGUCGUUCGACACCAGCCUCUCGACCACAGCCAACACCGUGUUCAACAGUAGCCGGUUCCGCAGCGCCAUCUCCGACUUUCCCUUUCCCGACGAGGUCGACGACUUCCCGACGGCGAAGCAGAUGUGGAGGUAUUUCGAGGACUACUGCGACGCGUUCGAGUUGCGCCCUCGAAUCCGCUUCGGCGCGGACGUACAGACGUUUUCGAGGAAGCGAGGCAAAUGGGCCGUGGAAUAUAUCCAGAACGGCACCUCCCAUACGGAAUACUUUGACAAACUUGCCGUCUCGCCUGGCUCGUUCGUCCUCCCGAGACGUCCCAGCUUGAAAGGCAUCGAGACGUUCCAAGGCACGAUCCUUCACUCGAUCGAUUUCCCGGACCCGUCGACGUUCCAGGACCAGAACGUCCUGCUGAUAGGAUUCCACGCGACGGCUCAAGAUCUGGUGAUCGAGCUGUCGCCGCAUGCCAAGAAGGUGUACGUCGCGCACAAGAACGGGAUGGUCCUGCUUUCGCGGUACACGUCCGACGGCAGAACAUACGACCAGGCGCAAACACUGUCGGUGCUAUUCCUGCAAAUCUUCCUGACAAAGUGGUUUCCCCGAGUAUGGGACUGGCUCUUCGACAACGCCAUCGGGUCCAUGUCCAGGAAAGCGUUUCCCGAGCAGCGGAGCGAGUGGAAUCUGACGCCCGCGCCCUCGGCGACCACCACACCCCCGCUGAUCGCCGACGCCAUCUAUCCGUUCCUCGAGAGCGGCUUCGCGGAACCGGUCGCCGCGUUGCAGCAGGUCCAAGGACCGAACGCGGUCCUCCUGACGGACGGACGCCUCCUCCACGACGUUCACACCAUCAUAUACACGACGGGAUACGAGUCCGCCAUCCCCUGCGCGCCGCGCGAAUAUAACCCCUACCCGGUGGCCGACGAGGCGCCGGUGCUCUACCGCAACGCGUUCCCGCUGCACGGUGACGUGGACGUGCGCGACAGCCUCGCCUUCCUCGGCCAAGGAGGCAUCGCGUUCCCCGGCUUCGUGCAGUUCGAGCUCGUCAUCUUUGCCGUCUCCCAGGUGUGGCGUGGCAAGGCGCACCUGCCGCCCCUGGGCGAGAUGCAGGACUGGCAUAGAGAGCAUAUGGCGUGGAGGCGCGACGUCGUCAGGAGGUCGAGAUUCGACACGAAACUCCUGCCUGUGAUACUGCGCCUGCCGGAUCAGAUGGAGUGGUUGGACAGGACGGCCGGGACGGGUGUGUUCGCUCACUUUUCGUGGUCCGGCUGGUUCAGCUGGCGGGCGUGGCGCUUCUGGUGGCAGGAUCGGAGGUUCUACCGACUGUGCAAGGCAGGGGUGUGCUCGCCGGCUCUGUGGCGACUGUUCGACAUGGGCGGGCGGAAGCCUUGGAAGGGGGCCAAAGAGCAGAUCAUCAGGGAUAAUGAGCUUGUAGAGAAGAGGCGUGAGGAGAGGCAGAGGGCCGUGAAGAAGACCCAGCAGAACCAGAAGGAUAAAUAG